CACAGCGCACUCCGGAGACCGCAGCGCCUCGUGCGCCCCCCAUAGACUAUAACCGGGACAACACUCUGGCGUGAAAACAUCUCGCCUGCCUAAAAAAAUCGCAAAUGAGCUGCGGCGGCAGCUGGAGCCCAAAGCAACGCCGUCCCUUCCGGCGGGCGAAGACGCGUUCCCCAAAUGGCGGAGUGAGUGAGGAUGCGACUCCCCAGUUCCAUCUUUGUGUCGGUGUCUCUGUUCACGGCCGAGACCACGGCGGCGCUCUACCUCAGCUCAACGUACCGCUCUGCUGGAGACCAAAUCUGGCAGGGGCUCACGCUCCUCUUCACGCUCGUACCGUCCGUGCUCGUGCAGCUGACUCUCACCUUCAUCCACCGGGACCUGAGCAGGGACAGACCGCUCGUCCUGCUGCUGCACAUCCUGCAGCUCGGACCCAUAGUCAGGUGUCUGGAGGCGUUCUGUAUCUAUGGCAGUGUGGGCCGUGUGGAGGAGCCGUAUGUCAGCAUCACCAGGAAGAAGCAGAUGCCUCGCGGGGGUCAGUCUGAGGAGGUGGAGCGGCAGGUGGGGCAGGCGGAGGGGAAGCUGUUCACACACCGAGCAGCCUUCGCCCGCACCUCUGUCAUUCAGGCCUUCCUGGGAUCUGCCCCCCAGCUCACCCUGCAGCUCUACAUCUGCGUCCUGCAGCAGGGGGUCUCCAUCGGACGAGGCACACUGAUGGUGAUCUCCCUCCUGUCCAUUGUGUACGGAGCGCUGCGCUGCAACAUCCUGGCCAUUAAGAUCAAAUAUGAUGACUAUGAAGUGGACGUCCGCCCCAUGGCUUAUCUGUGCAUAUUCCUAUGGAGGAGCUUCGAGAUCGCCACUCGCGUGGUGGUUCUGGUUCUGUUCAGCUCUGUGCUGCAGCUCUGGGUCCUGCCUGUGGUUCUGCUCAACUUCCUGGUUUUCUUCCUCUACCCGUGGAUCCUGUUCUGGCAGAGCCACUCCCCGUUCCCUGAGAAUAUAGAGAAAACUUUGACCAGGGUGGGAACCACCAUCGUGCUUUGCCUGCUCACCUUCCUCUACGCGGGCAUCAACAUGUUCUGCUGGUCAGCUGUGCAGGUGAAACUCAACGACCCGGACCUCAUCAAUAAGUCCCAGAACUGGUACCGCAUGGCCGUGUACUACAUGUUGCGUUUCGUGGAGAACGCCUCGCUGCUUCUGCUGUGGUACAUCAAUAAAACUGACUUCUACAAGUUCUUCUGUGCCCCGCUGCUGGUGCUGCAGCUGUUGGUCACCUACGCAUUCGCCAUCUUCUUCAUGCUGGUCUUCUACCAGUUCUGUCAUCCGUGUCGGAGGCUCUUCUCCUCCAGCAUGACCCGGGGCUUCUGGAACUGCUCCUCUCUCCUCUGUCUCAUGUGCAAUUCUGCUUCCCCACCGAACAGGCCGAUGGGAAAGUCGCCCAGACCCGCCGCAAGCACAGAGUCGGCCAAUGACGGAGCCCACGACACAGCCAGCGACACCAUGGACGACAUGCCCAAUGAAACGUCGUAUGACAUGCUCAAUGAUACAAUCUAUGAAAAUGCUGUCGAAACAGGCAAUAAUGUAAGUGGUGGAACCAACGGUGACAUUAACCACAGCGCACCCUGCAACGCUCAAAGCAUCACAACUGUUUGACGUGCCAUCCAGAGGAGCGGCCGAUAGUCAUCACACCCUCUUUAACCUUCUAAGUGCCACAUGAAUCACUCCGCCAGUUGAGUUCACACUUUGAAUCCUCGACAUAUAUCCAGCUCUACUCUGUUUUCCACCACUGUCCAUAUCUCCUACAUCAAGCACAUGUGUCCUUAACUGGAGAGGUACACUGAACAUGCAUAGUGUUCAGUUGGAAGCAGAGAGUGGUGCUCACCCGUCUCAUCAGCCAAAAAUCCAAACCAGCCUUUAUUAGGCCUCCAAAUAAAACCAUGGACCGAACCAUUACUUCUAUAGUAGUUUUUAGUGUGUCCACCUACGUAUAUGCUGCAUUACUGAUCACAAGGCACCAUGCAUUUGAAUUGAUUGUAUUUAGUAUCUCUGUUUGGCAUGGAGGUGUGCAUGUGUGGAGCCUCAGAUGAACUUCUGCAGGACGGCGGAGCUUUUUUGUACGGGGUUGUUUUGUUUUUUCUGAAACUCCCUGUAGUUUUAUGGCUGCAAGCAAUCAGCUUUUUUGUACUCCUUGAUAACAGCUUUAUCGUUAAUACUCGCUGCUUCUGUGAUGUAUUUGUGCUUGACGACGAGAUGUGAAUCUCCACACAAUAUUUACAGAGCCUGUUUCGAUCACCAAACGCAUUCACUGUAAAGCACGGACGUCUCCAGGCGUAAUGUUUUUGCACGUUUACAAAAAAGGAUUUAAGUGGCUUUGUUUUAACUGUUGAGCAGCAACAGUCGCAGUGAUGUGAAAUGCUUUUAGAUGUAUUUGCAUUUUUUCUAAUUCGUGCUUGUUAUGUCUGUCGGCUCUUAAUCUGUGUGUCUCAUUAGUUAGAAUAUUUACACAAAGUGCACACUAAAAUGUAUUAUAUCUAACUGAAAAUGUUUGGAAUUGCAUCAAGUAUUUCUGCUUUUUUUAACCCUUAAUGUAUAAUUGUCUAUGAGAGAGAGAAUGUCAGUGUUUGUUUUUGCACCGAUUCCUUUUUGCAAUGCAUCUGUAGAGGGACGAAUGAAUGCUCCGGUUUUUGUACAAAUAAGAUAAGCCAAAAAAAAAGAAAUCUACCGAAUACAUUGAACAUUUGCAAACAGAGCAAAAUAAAAAAAGGCCUAAAAUCCUACUAAAAAAUAAA